UCUGCUGCCGCUAGAAACGUACAGGGCCUUCCUCACCGUAGCGAAGGUGCUGCUGCGCUGGGGGAAGGAAAACGGCGCUUUGGCUGUGCCUUGUUCUCGCAGCUGGCGGGAAGCAAGCGCCACUUCGAAAGCCGGAGGCUCAAGUGACCCCUGUUACCAUAUCAUGGCAGUCCCAGGUUGCAACAAGGACAGUGUCAGAGCAGGCUGUAAAAAAUGUGGCUACCCUGGUCACCUGACUUUUGAAUGCCGUAAUUUUCUCCGAGUAGACCCUAAAAGGGACAUAGUUUUGGAUGUCAGCAGUACAAGUAGUGAAGACAGCGAUGAAGAGAAUGAAGAACUGAAUAAAUUGCAGGCAUUACAGGAAAAAAGAAUAAAUGAAGAAGAGGAAAAGAAAAAAGAAAAAAGCAAAGAAAAAAUCAAAUUGAAAAAAAAAAGGAAAAGGUCUUACUCAUCCAGUUCCACUGAAGAGGACACUUCAAAACAAAAGAAACAAAAAUAUCAGAAGAAAGAAAAGAAAAAAGAAAAAAAGAGCAAAUCAAAAAAAGGGAAACAUCACAAAAAGGAAAAAAAGAAGAGAAAAAAGGAAAAGCAGUCUUCUACCCCUAAUAGUUCUGAAUUCUCCAGAAAGUAACUGAGACUUUGGCUUAAGCCAUUAAAUUUAAAAAUUUGUUUUUAAAACGUGUUUGCCCUUCCUUGGAAUUUGCUAUAUAUUGUGCUUUGCAAUAAAUCAGAGCCUUUCCCUAUAGACAUUUUUCGUAUGUGGACCAUUAUCCCUCUGGCAAUAUAUUUUUAAUGUGCUAUGACUACAAAGUAAUAAAUCAGUCUUGUUACUUGAUAGCCAUGCCCCAAGUAUAGCUAUUUGUGUAUACUAAACACAUCGUUUUUGGUA